AAAAAAAUUAAAAACCCCACCUUCCUUUUUCUUCCUUUCCCUCUUGACCUAAUUAUCAACACUCCUUCCUUCCCCCUCCCGACAUUGACUGCCGCCUACUUCUUCCCUCACACUUCCUGGUCAUCGACGUCGAUCAAGGCAGUACGCCACCAGCCAACAACCUUCAUUCUCUCCUUCUCCUUUUCUCUGUAAACCCUAAUCCACCUCCACCACUACCGAAACCCUUUUGUUUAUCCUAAAGGAAUAACACAACCAAGCUCGUAUCUCAGAUCAAGUACUCCGGCGUGGAGUUAAAAAUUGAGGGCCCGCUUUAGAUUCACAUCCUCGCUGACGUGCAAGUAUCAUUAUCUAGGGCUUUUUCAAGGAGUACUCUACCUCAACUCACCUGUGACCUCGGAUCAUCUCUUUCCACCGACGACCUCGGGCUCACUUCACCUCACCAGAGACUGCAACGAUUGCUCAAGUUUACAAGCCCUAGAUUAGAUUAAGGUAAAUCUUGGUUUACAAGCCCUACUCUAUCAUGACCUCAACACUCCUCAACAACACCACUAAUUGUAUCUCCGGAAAUGUAUAGGGCCUUGGUAGGCCCGUUUGAUUAUGUGCUGAUAAUGAUGUUCACUAUUAAAGACGCUUCUAAAUGGUGGAGUAUAUUAAAUGUCUCUCCUAUUUGGCAAGAUUGAAUAUUCUACCUUCUCACUCUUCUCUGUAGCCUCACUGCGAUUGUCGCUAUGAUGCAAUUGAUUCAAAUUCAGCAAACAGUAGAAGACUAUGCUAUCAAGAAAAGUAUCAUCUACAACAUAUUCCUGUGGACAAAGUCAAAACAUAUUCCUUUCAGCUUUUCAUUGAGGGUCAAAUCUAUAUCACUAAGUGAUUAUUUGAUUUCAAAGGUGAUCAAGGUUCUUCCACAAGAGAUUGAGACACUAAGAAAACCAAAAUGGGAUGCUGUGUUGGUGAGCCAAUAUUUUUCUGAUCUAAAAGAAGUCAAAAAACAUGGGCGAAAAGAGAGAAGGAACAAGGAAGCUCAGGGUGUUCUUGCAACUUCAACUGCUGUUGCUGCAGCUUCUUCCAGGAUUUCAUCUUUCUGGAAAGAUACAAUUAAAGAAUCCGCUCACUAUGAGAAUAAGUUGAAGAUAAAACCUCUUGGAGGGAGAUCUGCAUUGCAAGCCACAAAGUUGGCGCAUGUAAAGUGCAAUUAUGGUCACUGUCAAAGCACAUUUCAUCCUACUUGUGGCAAAAGUACUGGAUUCUUUAUGAAUGUGGAGAGGACAAAGUCCGAGACUCAAAAACAUGGAGUUGAAGAAUGGAAUUCUCUGAAUAAAGUCAGGGUUGAAUUGGAGAGAUUACGCCUCAUCUGUGAGAGAAUUAUCAGACGUGAGAAAUUGAAGCAUGAAUUGGUGAUUUGUUCACAUGACAUGCUUCGUUGGAACAGAGAGUCAGUAUGUUUAUCUUCUUCAUCUAUACCCCCCCCCCCCGGGUGGGGUUUGCACUGGUUGUGUGUCACCAGAUUGAAACCAUCAUCCAAAGAUCUGAUGACAGAGCUUGGACACCAAAUUCUUUUCUUUACAAGUGCGAAACAAAAGCUGGCAGAAUUUAUCUUUGAAUCGGGUAAUAUGUGCUGUGCAGAUUGUGGAACUCCAGAUCCAAAAUGGGUAUCUAUAAGUUUUGGAGCAUUUAUAUGCAUCAAGUGUUCACGGGCACAUAGAAGCCUUGGGGUUCAUAUAUCAAAAGUGUUAUCAGUGAAUCUAGACGAGUUGACACAUGAAGCACUCAAACAGUGUCCUUAUGCCAAGUAUCAGCCAUGCAUUUCGCAACAGCUGUAA